AUGUCAGAAAUUGAAAAGCGCGAUGCUCUUGGUCGUGGUGCUGCUUCAGCUGGUGAUGAUGUUGAAAUGGAAGAAGAAAAGCAAGCCAAUGACGACGAUGAAGACAACAGCAGCGAUGAUGAAGAUCCUCUAGAAGUUUUUGAGCAGCAAGUUGCUGCUGUGGAAGUUGGCAAACAAGCAAGUGCGAGCGAUGAUUCAAUUGAGAAGACAUGCAAGGAUGAGCUCAAGCGUUACAUUGAAGCAAGUUCACUUCCAAUUCGAAAGAGCAAGCACGACAAGACCUACAAUGAUCCACUUGGCUGGCGGAAGAAGAAUCAAUCUCUCUAUCCUAUCCUAGCAUCUUUGGCCAAGAUUUACCUUUCUGUGCAGGCCACAUCUGCACCCUCUGAAAGGAUUUUCAGUGCUGCUUCCAGACUCAUCUCCAACAAGCGCACUACCUUGAAUCCAGAAAUGGCCGGAAAGACUCUGUUUGUUGCUAAGAAUUGGAAGAAUUGGCAGGAUCGUAUUGAUUACAAAGAAGCCGUCGAAAAGGCUGACAAUGAGGACAAUGAGGAGUGAAGCAGUUGAGGAGGCUGACAAAUACUACAGAUGAUGAUUUCAUGGAUGAUAGCAGAAAUGAGGAGAAUAGGAAGUCAGGACUAUACCACUGUGCAAGUUUAAAAGAAGGGAAUCCUCGACUUGAAGGCUCAACAAUAGGUUACUGACCUUGGC